UUCUGUACUAAGUUCACUUCAUAUUUAAACGCAUACAGAUACAGCCGAUACAGGCAGAGUCACCCCAAAGGACCCACUCACGCACACCAUUUCUCCAUCCGCGAGAUCUGCGUUCAUCCCCUCAGUCUCCUUUCUCCGGCAAUUUAGUUCGUGGUUCAGGCUCACAGCAAUAAACUGCUGCCACCGCCGUCCUGCCUGCCGCCGUGCUCUACGCUGCGUCGCUGCUGCUACGCGGGCCGCGGCACCGCCUGAACGCCUGCCGCCUGCCGCCUGGACCAGUGGAUGCGGCUCCAAGUCUCCGAGACUCCGACAGUCCCAAACGCCGGUUACUCUUCACUCUUCAGCUCUUGGGUUCUUCUAUUCAUUAUGCUGGAGGGUUCAGUGAAUUUGGAAGAUCAGGGCCAGCAGAACAGGAUAGGACCAGAUUUAUUUGGUUUCUACAAGUGUGAAGUAGUAGAUUUAUUAACGCGGGAUGAGAGUUUUCUGCCUAUUUCUUCCAUAACUAAAGAAGCUGUAAAAGUAUCAACGGUUACACCGGAGAAUGGCAAAGGAACAGAUAGUUGUUCUCAUAUUUCUUCCUUAUUCAGUAACAGCAUAGAAAAUGUUAUUCCUGAUUUCAAAAGAGAAAUGUUGAAGUCUUCAUUGAGGAAGAGUGUUAGAGCUUUGACACAGGAGGUUGAUGAGAUUUUUGAUCCUGUUAUUCGUGUUCGCCAUGUAAUUUCCUGCUUGAAUUCCAAAAGAAGGGAGAUCUCUGGUGGGAAAGCUCCAAUUGCUGAGGAUUCAACUACUCCCCGUUGCAAGAAGCUCAAGACAUCUUCUUCUUCUAAGGGAGAAUUAUUGGUUGAUCAAAGUAGAGAUGCUGAGAAAGAAACUGAUGCUAGUGUAGAUUUAAAGUUACUGUUAGAGACUGCACCCAUCCUGGUAGAAGAGACAAUGAUCAAACAAUCAGACGAACUACUUGUAACGCUAAAUUACAUGGAAAAACAGCUUGAAGAGUUGCUAGGCGUGGUAGUUUCACAGUGUAGGUCGAUGACUCAGCAAGAGAAACAUCAUCUUCAAAAGCUUAUUGAGAAACUUCCAGCAAGGAAUCUCGACCGAAUUGUGGAAAUCGUCCAGUGUGGCAAGUCGUCAGAUAUUGAUGAAAUUUGUGUUAAUCUUGAAGAACAGGAAAACGUUACUCUUUGGAGACUUUAUUUUUACAUGAAAGCUGUUGAAAAUGCCAGAAAGGUGUCAGCAUAGCUUCCUUUCGGAAAAUGGGUGCCAAGUUGACGGUUUGUUUGUUAAGUGAAUUGCGUCCCAUUUAUGUUAAAAUAAAUUGUGUUUAUGGGGUUUUAAUGCAGAAAACGACGAUCCUAUAAUUAAGCCACAACUAGUCAAAAGGUUACUUUCACCUCGAUUUCAUUCGUUAAGCAAAAUGGGUUACACAAAACAUAUUAGAGACCUGUUAUAAAAAAAUGGAUUGUUGUAUUUAACACAAGCGACCUGUUAUAUGAGCAGAAUUCCAAUAUUAGAGAAACAUUUAAUAAAUCUAAUUUUGUUAUAAA